GCUCUGUGAACCAGGGUACAACCAUGACCUGCUGUGAAGGCUGGACCUCCUGCAAUGGCAUCAGUCUGCUGGUUCUAAUUCUGGCUGGAGUCAUUCUCAACUGCAUUCCUCUGGUGGUCAAGUUAGUUGAUGGAGAUGAAUAUUCUAAAGAUCCCAUCUCUUGCUUUGAGUGGUGGUUCCCCGGAAUCAUAGGAGCAGGUUUGAUGGCUAUUCCAGCAACCACAAUGGCUUUGUCAGCAAGAAAACGAGCUUGCUGCAACAACAGAGUCGGAAUGUUUCUCUCAUCCAUUCUGAAUGUGAUCACCAUCAUCGGAGCUGUGUACUGCAUGCUGGUGUCUCUCAUCGCCCUCCUCCAAGGCCCGCUCAUCUGUAACUCUCACAUCAAUGGUGCUGCCAACUGCGAAUUCUCCUUAGGAAAUUUAAGUUCUUUUGAUCCAGAAUCCUUCGAUCUACAGUGGUUCUUCAAUGAAACUUGUACACCUUUUACUGGUUCCAACAAUGACAUCAGUAACAACAUCACAGCUGGCCAAGGGAAAAUAUUGAACUGGGACUCGGACGCAGAAGACAACAGAUAUAAAAUGGUCCACUUGUCAGUGUAUUUAGGCCUCCUGCUCGUGGGAAUCUUUGAGGUCCUGUUUGGGCUCAGCCAGAUACUCAUUGGCUUCCUGGGAUGUUUGUGUGGUGUUUCUAAGCGAAGAAAUCGAUAUGUGUAGCUCACUGGCAAUAAAAUGGAAAUAUCAGCAUUUUCAAUCACAUGAAAAUUACAUUUGAGGCAUGAAGAAUUUCGAAGCCCAACUAUAGAACAUUAUCGAGGAAGCUAUAUGAGUCAUUUUAGUUAAACCCUUAUUUUUAAAAUUACCUUUAAGGUGUUUAAAAAAGAAACUCCUCCCCGCUCCCCCCCCCACACACACACAUUGAAUGCUUGCUGGUCAAUGCUAAUACUUUGUCAUAGAAAGAAAAAACUUUAGUGGUGAACCUUGGGAGAAGUAGACAGAAGCUUUAAAGUUUUAUGUACAUUAAAAUGUUUCUAACUUUGUACUCUUAUUUGGAGGGAGGCAGAAAGGGAAAGGGGACAUGAAAGGGAGAAGGGAAGUUAAAGAAUAGAAAUUUCCUGGAACCUUUUCCACCGUGUUUCUUUAUACUUAAUAAUAAAUAUAGAACUGGAGUGUAAUAAAGUCUUGAGGCCUAAUUUCCAGUUUAUAGGAAAUCUAGGGUAAGAGAACAUAAAGAAAAAUCCUGGGGCCAGGUGGUGGCGCAACUGGUUGAGCGCACAUGUUGCAAUGAGCAAGGACCCAGGUUCAAGCCCCCAGUCCCCACCUGCAGGGGGAAAGCUUUGCGAAUGGUGAAGCAGUGUUGCAGGUGUCUGUCUUUCUCCCUCUCAAUCAACCCCUUUCCUCUUGAUUUCUGGCUGUUUCUAGCCAAUAAAUAAAAUAAAGAUAAUUUUAAAAAAAUCCCAAGGGCUGGGCAGUGGUGCACCCAGUUAAGCACACAUAUUAACGAAGUGCAAGAACCCAGGUUCAAGUUCCCAAUCCCCACCUGCAGGGGGGUUUGCUUCACGAGUGGUGAAGCAGGGCUGCAGGUCUCUCCCUCUCUCUGUCUCCCCCCUUUCUCCCCUUGCCCACAUUUCAAUUUCUCUCUGUCCUAUCAAAAAAUAAAUAAAUUAAAAAAAAGGAAAAAAAUGACUGCUAGGAGCAAUGGAUUCAUAGUGCCAGCACUGAGCUCCAGCAAUAACUGGUGGCAAAAAAAAAAAAAAAAAAAGAAAGAAAGAAAAA